AUGGGGGCCCCGGUAACCCCGGCCUGCCUGCUGCUCCUCCUGCACCUCACAGCUGGGACGUCUGCAGAGCCGCACUAUGUGGUGGUGAGCCCAGCCGUACUCUACCACCCGCACACGGGGACGGUGUCAGUUCAUCUCAGCGACCUCAACGAGACCGUCCGGGUGAGCGUGCGGCUGGAGAGGGGGGAUGGGCUCAGCGCUAUCACCCUGCUGGAGAGAGAGGUCCAGGAGCCCCGUCUGCACGAGAACGUGCGCUUCCAGGUUCCAGCCCCGUCCAAGGGGCAGCAGGAAGUGGCAGAGCUGCACGUCUCGAUCCGGGGAGAUGGCCUGCAGUUCUCUGAGCGGAAGAAAGUGCUGCUGCAGGCGCUUCAGCCCGGGACCUUUGUGCAGACGGACAAGGCCGUCUACAAGCCGGGACAGACAGUGAAGUUUCGAAUCGUCAGUUUGGACAAAGACUUCGUUCCCAGUACCCGGAAGCUGCCCCUGGUGACCGUGCAGGAUCCCAGCGGGAACCGCAUCGCCCAGUGGCGAGAUGUGACUCCGCAGCAGGGCAUCGUGGAUCUGUCCCUCCCGCUGUCUGCAGAGCCGGCCAUGGGGACGUACGCCAUCGAGGUGCAGGGGACGAGGCACUUGUUCAGCGUGGAGGAAUAUGUGCUGCCCAAGUUCGAAGUGACCCUGGAGCUGCCCCCCGUGGUGACGGUGCUGGAUGAGACGCUCCUGCUGCGGGUGUGCGGCCGAUACACCUAUGGGAAGCCCGUCCAGGGGAGGGUCCAGGCCAGCCUUUGUCAGGAGGAACAACCAGCAUAUCACUGGUACCAUCUUCAUGGCGCGCUAACCGGGGCUCUGUGCACCGAGCUUACUGGCCAGACUGAGAGCAACGGCUGCUUUUCGACAGAGGUGGGGAUGGCUCCCUUCAACCUGACCCACUCUGGCUACAAGAGGAGCCUCCAGGCCAAGGCGUCUCUUGUGGAGGAGGGGACAGGGGUGGAGCUCAACGCGACCAAGGGCUGCAAGAUCGUGUCUGAAAUCGCUACGGUGACCUUUGAGGAUGCUGAUGAGACCUACAAGGCUGGAAUCCCCUACACUGGCAAGAUGCUCCUGAAGGCGGCAGAUGGCUCUGCACUGAAGAAUGAGAAGCUACAGCUCUUUGUUAGCUACGGAGACGUGAGGCAGGACCAGACUUUCCUGACGGACGAGUCUGGCAGAGCCUCCUUCGAGCUGGACACCUCCGGCUGGACUGAGAGGGUCACUCUGAGGGGGCACUUCAAGCAGGUGGAUCGCAGCUCUGUGUAUGGAAGAGUCUCUCCCAGUUAUCCAGAUGCCCAUCGUAACCUGGAGCCCUUCUACUCCAAGAGCCAGAGUUUCCUGAAGAUCCGCUCGCUGGGAGGGGUGCUGCCCUGCGACCAGGCCCAGCAGCUCCAGGUGGAUUACAUCAUUGCUAGGGAGGCCCUGGGGAACGGGUCCAGGAGCCUGGAUUUCAUCUUCCUGGUCGUGGCCAAGGGAGCCAUCGCCAGGAUCCUCCACAAGGGGCUGGACCUCAUGGAAGGGACUGGGCUGAAGGGCUCCUUCUCCGUGGAGCUGCCCGUCGGCGCUGACCUGGCGCCUGCUGCCAAGGUGCUGGGUUACACGGUGCUGCCCGAUGGCGAGAUGGCUGCCGACCGCGCCCGGCUGCACAUGGCAAAGUGCCUCCCGAACAAGGUGAAGCUGGCCUUCUCGCAGGACCGGGCCCUGCCGGGCUCAGAGCUCCAGCUGCGGGUGCAGGCUGCCCCCGGGUCCCUGUGCGCCGUCCGCGCCGUGGAUCAGAGCGUGCUGCUCAUGAAGCCCGAGGCCGAGCUCAGCGUCGACACGGUCUAUAACUUGCUCCCCCAUUUUCCCCAAGGAGACUAUCCCACUGCAGCUCGAGAGCAUGAGUCAGGCGGUUGUCCAUAUUUCUCUGAGUACUCCGAAUACAUGAGUCCCUGGUGGCGGCCUCACAGAAGGCCCCAGUCUGUCCAGUUUUCCAACAGUGACUCCUACCGUUUAUUUAAGGAUGCGGCUUUGAAAAUUCUCACCAACGCGAACACCAAGAAACCUUUCAUCUGCCCUGAUAUUCCGAUCUUCAGAUUCAGCAGUCAACCCAGCCUUAAACUCGGCCCUCCAGGAAGUCCAAUGGACUCUUUCUAUAGACCCGAGGUUGCGACGCAGAACGUACAAGUGGGGCAUAGUGGAUUAGGCAAUGCCCUGCCGGAGCCAGAGCCCAGCACCGAGGCGGAGCCAGCGCCACGUGCCUACUUCCCAGAGACGUGGUUGUGGGACCUGGUCCCUGUGGGUGAGGGGGGCUCCAAGGACGUCCCAGUCUCGGUGCCCGACACCAUCACGGAGUGGAAAGCUGGGAUGUUCUGCACGGCCGAGGUGGGCUUUGGGCUCUCGCCCACGGCCACCUUCACGGCCUUCAAACCCUUCUUUGUGGAGCUGGCCUUGCCGUACUCCGUGAUCCGGGGAGAGGCCUUUGCCCUAAAGGCCACCGUCUUCAACUACCUGCGGCAGUGCAUCAAGGUGCAGCUGACGCUGGCGGAGUCUGCGCAGUUCCAGGUGCAGGCGGGCGAGGACGGCGCCUACACCAGCUGCCUCUGUGCAGAUGAAGGGAAAACCUUCCAGUGGGAGGUGACGGCGAGCAGCCUGGGGGAGGUGAACUUCACCGUCAGCACCGAGGCUCUGCGCACCGAGGAGCUGUGCGGCAACGAGCUGGCUGUGGUGCCGGCCCAAGGCCGAGUGGACACCGUGAUAAAGCCCCUGCUGGUCCAGCCGGGGGGGAUCCUGGAGGAGAAGGCGCACAGCUCCCUGCUCUGCCAGGAAGCGUCCGAAGAAAUCUCCUUGCAGCUGCCUGCGAACAUCCUGGCGGGGUCCGAGCGGGCCCACGUGACUGUCCUGGGAGACAUAAUGGGCACGGCUCUGCAGAACAUAGACCGCCUGCUGGCCAUGCCCUAUGGCUGCGGAGAGCAGAACAUGGUCCGGUUUGCUCCCAACAUCUACAUCCAGCAGUACCUGGAGAAGAGCGGGCAGCUGAGCCCGGAGAUCAGAGACAAGGCCAAGGGUUUCCUCCAGAGUGGCUACCAGCGCGAGCUGCUCUACAAACACAAUGAUGGCUCUUACAGCGCCUUUGGGGAGAGCGACGCCACGGGCAACACCUGGCUGACGGCCUUCGUUCUCAAGUCCUUUGGCCAGGCCAGACCCUACAUCUCCAUCGACGAGAAGCACCUAGAGGAUGCCCUAAGGUGGCUGCAGCGUCACCAACUGGAGAGCGGCUGCUUCCGCAGUGUGGGGAAGCUGUUGAACAACGCCCUGCAGGGCGGCGUGGUGGACGAGCUCUCUCUCUCGGCUUACAUCACGGCAGCGCUGCUGGAGCUGGGGCAGCCGCUCACGGACCCCAUGGUGACCAGGGCCCUCCAGUGCCUCCGGGAGUCGAGCACCAGCGACCUCUACACGCAGGCACUGCUGGCCUACGCCUUCGGGCUGGCGGGGAGCACUGAGCUCCGGGGCACCCUUCUGCAGAGCCUGGCCCAGCACAGCGUCAGCGCCGGGGGACAGCUGCACUGGCAGAGGAAGGUGAAGGCCCUGCCCAGCCCCUAUGGGAACCAGGCCCCAUCAGCGGAGGUGGAGAUGACGGCUUACGUGCUCCUGGCCUAUCUCUCCCUUCCCAACGUGUCUGCUGCCGACAUGGCGACCGCCACCCAGAUCGUCCGCUGGCUCAGCAAGCAGCAGAACCCCUACGGGGGCUUCGCCUCGACGCAGGACACGGUGGUGGCCCUGCAGGCCCUGGCCAAAUACGCAGCCCUGACAUACAGCACGAGCGGGGCUGUGUCAGUGACGGUGAGCUCCCAGGCCGGGGCCCGGCAGCAAUUCCACGUGGAGAACGCCAACCGGCUGGUGCUGCAGCGAGCGGCCCUGCAGGAGAUCCCCGGGCAGUACACGGUGCAGGCCAGCGGCAAGGGCUGUGUCUUUGUGCAGCUGACUCUGCGCUACAACGUGCCGCCCCCAAAGAGCGCCGCGACCUUUGACCUGCGGGUGGAGACAGAGCCGAAGGAGUGCACCGAGAGCGCCAGAUCCCGCUUCAGCCUCGUGCUGCACGCCCGGUACAGCGGGGAGCGCCCAGCCACCAACAUGGCCAUCAUCGAGGUCAAGCUGCCGUCCGGCUACAUCCCCGUCAAGAGCUCCCUGCGGCAGCUGGAGAAGCAGCGUUUGGUGAAGAGGCUGGAGGUGCAGAACGACCAGGUGACGCUCUAUCUAGACGAGCUGACGAAGGAGGCGUCGAGUUUCACCUUCUCCCUGGAGCAGGAUUUCCCUGUGAAGAAUCUCAGAGCAGCCCCAGUGAGACUGUACGAUUACUAUGAGACAGGUGAACACACAGAGGCUGAGUACAGCGCCCCCUGCGGCUCAGCCCCUGAUGCCGACAUGAUGGAAAAUUCCCGCUGA